AAGCUAUUGGUUUUCUUUACAUUAAGAAUUCUAAAGAUUUCUUUAGAUUAAGUUUUCUUUAAGAUUAAAUCAAACUUAUAAACGCAAUCUUAUAUAUCCCGAUCAUAAACUUAAAACCACAGGCCUAGAAGUUUCGUAUGCCACUCUAUCAGGAUUAAAUAAAAAUCGCGUUGGCAUAUACUUUUCGAUCAGCUGAUCGGACCCGAUUCUCGAGUUGCUCGAUUAUGUUUCGCUGAAGGUACAGGUUGCUCCCAGCUGGUUUCGAUCGCGAAUCUCGCGCGAUGAGACAAUGCGAAAGCCGCGAUAAACGAGGCGUAUUCGCGCACGCUCGCGCAGCAACUCGCCGCAUGCGUCUUCGGGCAAGUCGCGCCCCUGAAUUCGGUUUCCGCGGCAACCGCGACUUAUCGAUUCGCCCUAGGCGUCGCCGGUUGCGGACGUUCGGACUUCGAGCAGCACUUCGCGUCUCUUCGUCCGCGAGUCGCUUCGUGUGGAAGACGAGGUGUGACGGAAUGACGAAGAAUGACGCGCCCGAAAUCACCUGCAGCCGUGCCGCGCGACGGAACGACAACAGGGAGAACGACUGGAGGGAAAGGCGUCAGGAUUCGGACUCUGUUAGACGAAGGGCGAAUUUCGGUCACGGACACGGAGACCUAAUAACAUCAUCAUCAUAACGCCGAUCCUCCUUCCCGAAGCAGGUCACCUUUUGCAAACUUUACUGUCGCAGUGAACCACACGUUCGGGCUAAACGAUUGAGGAUUAUCGAUAAUUGGCGCAGAGACGCGCGGAGAAUAAACUGAAAGUUCGUACGAAACAGAGAGAAAGAGAAGAAAAGAAAGCGAGAGAUCGCGUCAGCGAAAGUGAACGAUAAGCGACAAAGGACCAUAGCUUCUUAAGAUGAUUGAAGAGCAAAGAGACAUCCAAGUGGAAGACAAAGGAAAGAAAAGAAAAGGAGGGACAAGAUUCAAAGAGUCCAUUUGGAAUUAACAGUUAACAACCACACACACAGAAGUAAGAGGAUUUACAGAGUAUAAUUUCCAACGCUCCCCACGUUCGUGGAACAAUGUUCAGAGAUUUCCGACAUAUUAAUUCCUUAUUCACAUUUUGCGAGCAAACAAGCGCGUACUCGUGCGUUCAAGAGAGAAAUAUAUGUAUGUAUAUGCGUGAUUUGGGAUGAAACUGUGACUAUCUCUUAGUCAUUAUACGUGUACAAUUGAACGGUACCUACUGAUGAGAGUUCGACGGCUGUAAUAAAUUCUGACGGAAGUUCGCGCAAAGAACUCGAGGACCAGAACAAGAACGAUCACAGGAUCCAGGUCGGCCACGGAUCCGAUAGAUCAGUAUCGAGAGUACUGAGAAGGCACUUGGCAACUCAACAGGCCCGAAAACGCGAGGGAAGAGGAGGCAGAGACCACCGGGAAUGCUAAGCAAGAGCCGUGCGGCGAAUCGCGCGAUUCACCGGUGCUGCUCCUUGCAGGAGACGCUGCACGUGCCGCCGGAGCACAGGCGAUUCCGGCGCGUCAACGGCCUGCAGCUGCCGCUGCACCCGCAGCAGGUAGUCGGCUGGGUGCUGCUGGUGAUCGUGAUCUCCGGCACCUUCGCCGUGCUGACGACGCCGUCGUUGUUGUUGCCGGACCUCCGUCUCGUCCUCUCGUCCAUAUUCACCGCGUUGUUCCUGGUGCACGGGUUGGCCCAUCUGACGGUGCUGCUGCUGGAUCCGGCCGAUCCGGAGGUGCGUGCACGGCCGGCCGGCGAGGUUGUGCCCGAAUUCGACCGUAGCAGGCACCGGCACGUGAUCGAGAACGGCCGGUGCCACCUGUGCAACAUCACUACGCACGGCCGGCGCACCAAGCACUGCUCCAUCUGCAACAAGUGUGUGCCGCGCUUCGACCACCACUGCAAGUGGCUGAACAAUUGCAUCGGCAGCCGUAACUAUCCGGCCUUCCUGGCCUGCCUGGUAUCGACGCUCGUGGCCGCGCUCGCGGUCGCCGGGCUUGCUCUGUGCGAGCUGGUGCUGGUUAAUGCGCGCGUCGUCGAGUGGGGAGGUGAUAGCAGCGGCAACGGCACGAUGAACAACGCCACGGCGUCGUCGUUGCCAGUGCCUGGCGCCGGCUCGCUCGUCCUCGUCACCGUUAUCGGCGUCCUCUCGGCGAUCGCCGCGGUUCUCCUCAUACACCUGUGCUUUUUCCACGGCUAUAUCGCCUGCCUCGGCCUUACCACGUAUGAAUACGUGCGCAGCAAGCGGGAAAAGAGCAGUGACGCCGCCAUCACCGCCGGCUCCAGGACGACGUCGUUCCCCGGGCCUUGCGGCGCGCUCCACUGCGCCGCCGACGACCGAGACGUCGAUGUGACGGCUACGCGGGGUCUCUAUCGUUUCUGCGAGAACGGCUCCAUGUUCCGGGACAGUGCCACCGCGGCUACGACAGACGUGUUCGUGUGCUCCACGCAUGAGGAACGCGAUGUCGAGACGACGAACGCCGGUAAAGACGCCCGUUCGAGAUUGUCCGCCACGAGGAGCAACCGGAAUUUUCGCCUCUGCUUCUCAUAUGAUUCGCGCACCACCGAGACCUCCAUUGAGGUCUCCUCGCAGACGACGGCAGAGUUAAGAAACCAUGCGGAGUCUCCGGACGCGAAAUCCUCCACACCCUCGCCGGUGUCUUGCUGCUUCUCCAUCAUGAAUCCCGAGAACGGCAGGCACGAGAAGAACGCCAGCCGGAAGCGUCGCACUGGCGACCAUCCGGAGGCCGCGAAGCGCUCCUGCGGCACGAUGAGGAGGAUACAGACGUUCCUGCAGGCCCGUUGGAGGAAAGGCUCGUCGAGACAGAGAUCGACGACCUCGACGGUCGCCCGGCCCUGCGGCAACAAGGUGAUCCCGGUGGCGAACAGCCCCCUGGACGUCGCGCCCGCGAUCGAGGAGCACGUUGUCAGCUCGACGUCGCCGUCGCCGCCGACGACGGAGCUAACGUCACUGCCGGACCCACGUCCGCCCACGAGGCUACCCGCCUUGGAUCUUCCGCCACGUGUCAUUCACAAGAUCAGAGUGCCUCCGAGCGCCGGGGAUAUCUCCGUCCUAGGCCCGUUGCCGCCUGUGGCGUCGAUGCCGAAGCGCACUCAGGCGCACCUCCGCACCCGUCGGAACACCUUCUCCAGGAAAAGGCCGCGCUUCAAAAUCGGCUCGCACAUCACGCAGACUGCCCAACUGUCGCCGAUACCGGAAUCGGAGUUCUCCAAGCCCGCCACGCCCAGGUCGCCGUCGCGCUCGGGUCACUUCGCCUUCCCACCGUUACGCGACGAAGCGGCUAUAUUACACAGCGGCGAAGACACGUUUAUGGAACGUCUAAAGAACACGGGGACUGGCCGCUUUAACGAUUGGCAAGAAGACGGUACCAAGCCGUACGAUAUAAUGUCAGAGACCAUGUCCGAGUCACCCUACGUGCUGCAGGACGUUACCGUGCAGGAGAAGACCAACGUUUGGCAGAACCUGGGCUCACCGCGCUGCAUAGUCGCGCCGAUGGUAGACGCGAGCGAGCUGGCGUGGAGAUUGCUCAGCAGGCGACACGGCGCUGAGCUCUGCUACACGCCGAUGCUGCACUCCUCCGUGUUCUGCCGGGACCCGAAGUACAGACGUGAGGCUCUCGCUAGCACCAGCGAGGAUCGUCCGUUGGUCGUACAGUUUUGUGGCAGUGAUCCGGAAGUGCUAUUGGAAGCUGCACGCUUGGCCGAACCGUAUUGCGACGCGGUGGACAUCAAUAUCGGUUGCCCACAGGCGAUUGCGAAGCGUGGACGUUACGGGGCUUUCUUGCAGGACGACUGGGAUUUAUUACAGAGAAUCGUAUCUACCUUGAAGCAUGGACUACGCGUACCUGUCACGUGCAAAUUACGAGUGUUUCCAGAAAUAAGUCGUACCGUAGAAUACGCCUGUAUGUUGGAGAAUGCAGGUGCUAGCUUGCUUACCGUCCACGGACGUACGAGGGAGCAAAAGGGUCCUUUGACUGGAUUGGCAUCUUGGGAGCACAUUAAAGCCGUCAGGGACGCUGUGGAAAUACCUGUGAUUGCCAACGGUAACAUACAGUGUAUGCAAGACUUGCAACGGUGCAUCGAAGAAACCCGAGUGCAGGGUGUGAUGUCUGCGGAGGGAAAUCUUUACAAUCCAUACAUAUUCGAGUCUCGUUACCCCGCUUGUUGGGAGCCUGCUCUGGAGUAUUUGGACCUCGUGGAGCAACAUCCGGCGCCGGCCUCGUACGUCCGCGGUCACCUAUUCAAACUGUUUCAUCACGUACUUUGUUUAGCAGAAAAUCAAGAGGAAAGAGAGAACCUGGCCACGAACUCUACUAUGGAGGCCUUCAGGACUGUUGCGUAUGCCUUGAGGGAUCGUUAUCUGCCGUAUCAUGAGGGGCGUUUGAUGUGGCGGAAAGAACAAACCGAUUAUAAUUUGGUGUUACCACCGUGGCUGUGUCAACCUUAUGUGCGUGAGCCGCCGCAAGAGCAUAUGCAUAAAUUACAGGAAGGCGCACCUCAGAAAAGGAAAUAUCAGGAUGAGGAUGGAAACGAAAUAUCGCGAAAACGCUCGAAGAAGCUUAAGCGAAUAGCACGACGGCCGAAUAGAACGACCUCGGCUCCUAAAAGAAGUUCAGACCGAUGCCACGAUUGUCCGAAUCCUCUGGGUUUUAAAUGCGAAUAUAAAUUAUGUCGGCAAUGCUGUAGGACCAAAUGCUAUGUAGAAAAUCUAGACUGUGUCGGGCACAGAAAUCUAACCAAAACCAGGAGACAGAUAGCGAAAGACUUUGAGGCGAAGCGCAAGGAAAUCCAAAACGUGAUAUGACGUUAUGUUAAAAUAUUUUAAAUAAAACUGUACAUAAUAUUUUA